AUGUCGAGUACCUGGACUCCACCUGCAAACUACGCCUCAAGACCCGUCGCCGUCCUUGGCGGCGGCGUGCUGGGCCGCCGUAUCGCCUGCUGCUGGGCGUCGGCCGGCUAUACGGUGCACAUCCGCGACCCGAGCGCAACGCAGCGCUCCGAAGCCGUCGACUUCGUCUCCUCCAACGUCUCCACCUACGCCCGCGAUUUCACCGGCUGCACCAACGUCGGCAGCGCCGUCGCCUUCGAAAACCUAGGCGAUGCAGUCGCGGACGCGUGGCUCGUCUUUGAAGCAGUGCCGGAGAAGCUGUCCAUCAAGAUCGACACCUUCGCCGAGCUGGAGGCCCUCGCGCCCGCCGACGCGCUGCUGUGCUCGAACUCGUCGUCGUACAAGUCGAGCGAGAUGCUCGAGAAGGUGGGCGACGCGACCAAGCGCCGCAUCCUCAACACGCACUACUUCAUGCCGACCGUCAACAUGGUCGUCGAGCUGAUGACGGACGGCUACACCGAGCCGGCCAUUUUCCCGUUCCUGGUCGAGCGGCACCGCGAGGCCGGGUUGAAGCCGUAUGUGGCGAGGAAGGAGUCGACGGGGUUUAUAUUCAAUCGGGUGUGGGCGGCCAUCAAGCGCGAGUUCCUGAUGAUCAUGGACGAGGGCGUGUCGGUGCCGCAGGAGCUGGAUGAGGUGUGGGUGCACAUGUUUGGCGAUAAGCUGAAGCCGUGCGAUAUGAUGGACCACGUCGGCCUCGACACCGUUGCCUUCAUCGAGCAGCACUACAUCAAGGAGCGCGGCCUGCCGACAUCCCAUCUCGAGUACCUCCAGCAGCACUACGUCUCCAAGGGCAAGCUCGGCCGCAAGAGCGCGCAGGGCGGCUUCUACCCCACGCCGACCACCACCAACGGCACCACCACCUCGCCCGCCGCCGCCGCCGCCCCAUCCCCCCACCCCACCAUCACCGUCCUCGACAUCGGCCUCUCCGCGCCCCUCGCCGGCGCCACCACCGCCGCCGACGUCUCUUACCGCGGCCGCAUCCUCUCCCUAACGCCGAACACCGCCACCGCCACCCCGCUCCUCACAUCGCUCAACCUCCCCGACGGCAUCGUCAUCGACCGCGCCGCGACCCCGCAACCGCGCAUGAUCUGGACCCACAUGGGCAUCCCGACUGCCAACGACGGCGCCGUCCUCUCCGCCAACCUCGACGGCAGCGACAUGCGCACGCUCGUGCCGCCCGGCGCCGGGCUGCACACGCCGAAGCAGAUCGCGUUGGAUGCCGAAGCACGGAAGCUGUACGUGUGCGACCGCGAGGGCAUGCGCGUGCACCGGUGCAACAUGGACGGAAGCGAGCUGGAGACCAUCGUGCAAGCAGGGGAUUGGACGGACGAGGAGGAGCGGCAGGACCAGACGCGGUGGUGCGUCGGCGUCGCGGUCGCGCCGGCGCUGGGGCGUUUUUUCUGGACGCAGAAGGGGCCGUCGAAGGGGGGGAAGGGACGCAUCUUCAGCGCGGAGAUUAAGGAUCCGAAGGGCAGCGUGAAGUGUUUGCUGGAGGGCUUGCCGGAGCCGAUUGACUUGCUGUGGGAUGGGGAGCGCGGCGAGCUGGUGUGGACGGAUCGCGGGGAGGUGCCGUUUGGGAACUCGUUGAAUAGGGUGGUGUUGGAUGCGCAGGGCGAGGUGGUGGGGAAGUCGUGGAGGGUCGUCGCGCAGAAUUUUGACGAGGCGAUUGGCGUGGAGAGGGAUGAGAGGAAUGAGUGCUGGUAUGUGGCGGAUCUGGGAGGCACGGUGUGGAGGGUGCAAGAGGAUGGGAGGAAGGAGGUUGUGUAUCAGGAUAAGGAGUGCGCGUUCACGGGGCUGGCGCUGUCGUGGGAUUGA